CCUUUGCGCAUCGAGCGCCCGGGGAGCGGCCGCGCGCCUCGGGGGUCUUCCCGGCCCGGGCGCUGCAUUGCAAGGGCGCGCGGGGCGUUUGGAGAGCCUCGGGGGGCCCCCCCGAGUGUGGGGGGCUCCAGAGAAGCGAGGGAGGGGUCUGAAUCCGGAGUAGCGCGCGGGGAGGGGGGGAUGCGGCCGUGCCCGCCCUUUGCCCCUUUUGGGCCCCCCAGAACCGGCUUGGCAGCGCCGGAGAAGCCCGUGGCGCCCGCGGGCGCCAGGAGGGGUCCGGCUCCUCUCCGCGGCGCGCACGCGCGGACGUCGAUUCUCUUUCUUGCGCAAUCCAGAAUAAGGUUUUUUUUCUCUCAAUCCGAAGCAGGGCAUCCUAUUGGGGGAGGGACCUCUCUAGGCCAUCCAAUCGUGUUGAGAGGAGGCGACAGGUGGAGGUGGAACACCGUGGCAUCCCCAGUCUUCACCAUGGGGUCCAGAGGAGGGGAGAACUGGGCUGGCACCGUUGAUGCUUUCCGCUUGUCCCCCACGGCGUUCCUCCUGUCCCACGGGGCCGGGGACUCCUUUGCGGCCGACCUGUUGAAUGAACUACGGAGCGAAAGACUGGGGGAGCCGAUCAAGCUCUCAAUGCUGGCUUUAUUCUUAGAAUACCCCACCCUGAUGUGCCCCGAUGCCAAGACGGGUCAGGAAGCUGCAGCGUCCCUCCUCGCCCUCUUUGCCCAGCUGAACCUCUCCCCCAAGCACGUCAGCCUCCGGUGCAACCUGCUCUUCGCCGCCGAGACAGUGCUGGUGGCCACCGACGGCCUCGGUGAGGACUGCCCAACCUCGCAUGAAUUGCUCUCCAUUCUGCUCCACCUGGUUUCCGACCUGAAUGACGGCCGCGGAGGGGCCACCGAGCGGCCCGUCCGGGCCGCAGCUUGCGAGUGCCUGCGAGAACUGGAAUGCUGCUACUCCGGGUUCCUUCUGCACCGCCUGGAGAUCCUACGCUCUUUGCAACAACAGGAGAUAUCGGGGCUCCACCAGGGUUACACCCUGCUGUACAGCGAGGCGCUGCGCAAUGCGGUCCUGCUCCUGGCCCGGAGCGGACAAGGGUGCCUCGGGGAACUUCUCGCGAGCAACGGGGACUUGAUGUGGGAGGCUACGAAGGAAGUGGGCAAGCUCUCGCCAGCUUGCAUCGAGCAGCUGGUUCUCUUGCCCUGCCCUGCGGACCUCAAGGAGUUGAAAUUGGUUCUCUCGGCCCUACUGGACAGCAGCUACCUCCUGACCCCGGCCGCUCAGAGCCAUCUCUUGUGGCGUCUGGCUCAGGCAGUGAGCGUGGUGCGCACCCAGUCGCCCGCUAUUUUCAAAGCCCAGCUGGUGCGUCUCUUUGGCACGGCCAGUGUGACUCUCGAGCACGCUGUCUUGCUGCUGAAAUCUCUCUUCACCGACAGCCUCUUCACCUCCGAGGACGAGUCCUUCCUCCUGCGCCACCUGGUGGGGUUGGCGCAGCACCCGGCUCUCCCUGACCCUGUGAAACUUUUCCACCUGGAUUGUCUUUUGCACUUCCCUGAAAACCGCCCGCUGGUCUCGGGAACCGACGAGAGGCUGCCGGUUCUGCUCACGCCCCGCACAACGUCGGGUCUUUUCCCCGGGUUCUUCCAAGAUCAGGGUACCGUCUUGGCCCGGAUGAAUUUACUGUCCCUCGUGUGCAUAGAAAGCGAGGGACCCAGUGCUGAACGUGGGGCGGGUUACCUUCUGGACCACGUCCUGGCCCUCGGAGGGCUAGUCACCAGAGGGGGAGGACUGGACGCCACUCGGCUUUUUUUUCGAGCGGCCUUUAUUUUUGCCCAGUAUUUUGGCUCGCGGGCACAGCCCAUGGCAGAAUUGAUCCAGUGCCUGCUGGAUCUGUACCGUCAGAACUGCACCUUGGCCCCUAACAUCAUCAAUCUGUUGGACGAGUCAUGGAAGAUGCUGGAAGAGUCCAACUGGGCUAGGACCCUUGCCCGAGCCCUGCAAGAAUUUGUUGUGAGCAUCCCCUUGCAAGAGAAAGACCUGGGUUGGCACCUCAAGAUUUUGGCCCGGCUGGCAAAGGAGAAGGAUGUUCCUCAAGGGAGCACCAUGCAGUUCUUGGCUCAACUGGUUGCCUCGGGCAAACUUGGGGACUGGCGCUCCGGGCAGAUCCUUCUGAGCGUUUGCCGUAACCUGAUGGUACUUCACCCGUCGCCUGCUCUGUCCCAGCUGGCGGCCCUCCUGCAUGCCAUCUCCCUCGGCCACACGGACGUGGAUGUCCAGGACCGAGCUUGCUUUUAUCAUACGCUGCUCACCAACCUUUCCAGUGAAAAAUUAAGAGCCGUGCUGGCCCCAGAAGGUCCUGUCAAGACUCGGACGCUCUCCUCGUCCAUCGUAGCCGACAGCGAGAGCUUUGUGGCCGCCCUGACGGUCCACCCGGUGGAGCCUGCCCCUCUGAGGCUGCAGCGGGUCGAGAUUUCGGGGGACACCCCUCCAGAGCCUCCCGCCGAGCAGGAGGUGGACGGGUACUGCCAGUGGCUGCUGGCAACCCGGUCUCCCUCACGGCUCAGUUUGGCGUACCAGCUGGUCCAUGCGGGGCCUGGCACGCCUCCCUACGACCUCCUCCUCUGCGUGGUGCUUCGUUUCACGUGCGCCAGCCCCCAUUACGAGCCGGUGCCCGAGCUCUGCGUUCCGUGCCUUUCCGCGCAUCGCCCGUCCCCAACAGUGAGGCUGACGCUGCAGCCACGUUGCCCGUACCCAACGCGGCUGACCACUUCUGCCCUUUAUACGACACAAGAUGGACUCACCCGCUUGAGUCAGCUAGAAACCCUCGAGGUGGCCUUCCCCGACCUUUUCUUGCCUCUGCCAGUCCCUGCCUGGUCUUCCGAGAAACUUCACCACCUUUUCGAUGCACUCUGGCAGCGCAUGCACCCUGACGCCGAAGAAGCCCAUGCAGAGAGCCUCACCGUCUGGCCGCUCCCACCUCGAUCCUUAGAGGGCCUGGUGCAUGACCAGUUUCGCAGAUUUAUCCUGACUGAGCAAGCAAACAGCUAUGGCAUCGCCCUGACUUUACCACCUCGGUACCACAUCCUGUUACAGGUGCAGAGUGUGGAAGAUGCAGCCCGGGUGAGCAUUCGCACUGACAAUUGGAAGCUACUGCCCUCGCUGAAUCACUAUCUGCAGAGCCUGGUGAAGGCCAGCUGACCACGCAACACUGCCGGGUGGGGAAGGGAGCAGUGGUGGGGACACAACCCCACAUCACCCGCUUUUGGAUGGUACGCUAAAA